CCAGCUGCUGCUGUGGACGAAGCGACGGUCACGGAACAUUCCUGAUCACAGAGCGAGACUCCACGGCGCAGGGACACAGCGACAACCGAGCGAAUCCACGGGAGUUUGGACACUUUAAUGACACUAUCCACGGACACGUAAGGCUGAUGUUGGGUCGAGGCGUGAAGCGGAAGCGGAGCUGCCUGGAGGAGCUGGAGGCCAAGGUUCUCCCCGCUGCUCCUGCCGCUGUGAUGGAGAAGCAGCAGCAGCAGCAGCAGCAGCAGCAGCAGCAGCAGCAGCACCAGCAGCAGCAGCAGAGCGUGGUGGACGAGGUCGGGGACGACCACCUGCAGCAGCGUCAGCUGGUGCUCGGCCUCUGCUUGGAGAAGCUUCAGCGCUACCAGGUCGGCGUGGAGCUGAGCCUCCGCCGCUCCGUGCUGCUCAUCAACACGCUCCGGCAGCUCCAGGAGGACGUGAGGAGCGACGGGGCGGGAAACCGCAGCCCAGGCGUCCACGCCGACUCCUGUCUCCUCAUGGACGACAUGCCCGUUACGUGCCCCGGGUGUUUGGAGGGCGAUGAGGACGACCUGCCCCUGUCUCCGCCCGAGCUCUCGCCCCAGGAGGUGGACAGUUUGCCCGAGUGGCAGAAAUCACUGCCCAGCACCACGGUCAGCGCCUUCAGCGACGCGGUAAACGCCAUGGGCUACCUCGGCGACCUGGCCCUGGACGACAUCUUUGAGGACAUCGACACGUCCAUGUACGAGACGUCGGACGCGGCGUCUCCCUGGGCGACGGGCUCGCCGUGGCCCGUCAGCAUGUCGCUGUGGGCGGACGACGAGGACGUGAAAGUGCGGCUGCCGGCUCACGGCUCGCCGGCGAGUCUCCAGUCGUGUCUCAUGGACCUGAACGAUCUGGACCACAUCAUGGAGAUUCUGGUCAAGUCCUGAUCCCCAAAAACAUUUUCACACUCAUGUGAAGUGUGAACGCAGCUACUCUGACGGAGACGGGGAACAAAGACGGACGAGCGCGGACGCUGCAGGUAGUUUAAGGCUCCACUUGACAUUUUUCCCUGGAAAAUCUGCUUUAAAUCUUGCAGUAUUUUUACAAUUUACACAGAAAAUGUGUAUUUUCUGAGACUGGAAGUUUAAUUUUGAUGUCUCUUUAAGACACAUUUGCUCUGUUUCUGCAGUAAACAGAAUCAAUGAGACAAAAGUUUAGUAACCAAUGUUUAAACUACAUCAUACGUCAACAAAAAAUGCAGAUUUUUGCCUCUCAGAUGAGAAAAUUUGCCUUUUUUGACGCCUUUUUACAAACAAGACAUUUUUUUUAACAAUUUUCUGACAAUCAUUUAUUUAAGAAUGUAAAAAAUGAAACAUUAAGUGCAGGAAUUAUUGUAUUUUAAACACAGAAGUACUGGUGUGCAUCUUCAAAAACACAUUGUGUUUCAAAGUAUUUGUCAAAGCGACAAAAGAAAAUUGCAGCAUUUGUGACGGGAAGUUUUGAACUGGACCGAACGGUUUUGUUUUUUUAACCGUGUUUUAACAACAGAUUUUCCCUGAAUUGAUUUCAAAGUGGAGCUUUAAAUUCCUCUAGUGCUUCUGCAACACUUCUCUGUUUCUAUUGAGGAAAAUGAAGAAAACUUGCUCACAGAGCAGGAACCUGAGCUGCCGUCAGUUCAGUCACGGGUCGAUUAUUAAUUGAAAUCUCUUCAAUUACUUAAGAGGGUGUGUGUGUGUGUGUGUGUGUGUCUGUCUGUGUGUGUGUGUUUCCCUUCACACUGGGACUGAACGCUUCUUCAUGUUGAUGGAGCUUUAAAUCAGAAAUCACCCAAAAACUCGACCAUCUUUGUAUCCGUUUUGGCGGGAAUUUUCCAGCCAAAUAAGCUUCCAAUCAUGGGAAAUGAACAUUGAUGCCUUUAUGUGUUAUUAUUAUUGUUAUUAUUAUUAUUCUUAUUGUUGCUGUUGUUAUUUAUGAAUGGAAAUCAAGCACAAAGUGCAGCAGAUAUUACUCGUGCUCUGUCUGUAUGUAAAUGAACCGCGUGGCUUCAGUUUUGUCGCAAACUGACGAGAAUCUCACCGCGAAGGCGACGUGAGCGGUGACUCGUCGUCGGCAGCUCGUGUUCAGCAUAAAAUAUGAAUUUGUUGGGUUUUUUAAUAUUAAUGUAACCCCGGCUCAGUGUGGACUCAGGCUACAUCCACACGACAGGAGACCGUUUGAAAACAACGCUUUCAGAGAGGAUCUUCCCUCCUCGUGGUCACGCACCACUCCGAAUGAAUUAACGAGUGGGUGAAUGAGUGAGUGAGUAAAUGAGUGGGUGGCUGAGUGAAAGAGAGUUUUGUGGACGUCGUCUGAGGACCUUUGAACUUUGCCACGUGUCCAUGAAUUGUAAAACGACAACAGUCGCCUGUUUAUGGCCUUUAGUCAUGUGAUUUCUUUUUUCAUGUGUUUCUACCUAAAACUUCAACUUCCUGCACAGAAGGGCUGUCACUUCCUCAAAGAAAUCUGAUGUUAUUAGUCACUAUGAGUCUGUGUGAUGUCGGUUACAUGCUCUGGUGACUGAUGUGUCCAUAUUCACAUUUUAAGACAUCACCUGUCUCGAUAAAGGUCAAGCCGUGCCCACAGUGCCCUCUGCUGGACCACUUAGUAAUUACCGUAGACCGUGCGAUGCACUCUUUGGCUGUAGGUCGUGAUUCGUAAGGCGGUGAAAUUUGAACGUUGAGCGGACAGUGACAGCCCUACUGUCCAGAGAGGAGGAGGCGACGCGGUUACUCCUGUUCUACCUCCUCACGCUCCUGUGAGCCCCUUAAACCGCACCGUUACUGAUCAUCCGGACCAGAAUUGCCCGUCCUCUCGUCUUCAAUCGAUCGUCGACAACAACGUGCCUUAAACUACUGAACCUGGACUUUCACGUCGCGCUGAGGUCAUCUGUGGCCGUCAUUGAUUAGAACCUGAGUCCUGUGUUGCUGUGGCUCCUCCUCACUCUUCCUCUUCUUCUUCUUGGCCCUGUUUUUUUGUUCCCUACGCUCUGUGAACACUGCUGCCAUAUGAGCUUAAUGCAUCCUGACAGGCUGACAGGGAGGGAGGAAGAGGAGGAGGAGGAGGAGGUGGCUUGCGUCACUCGUUCAGUAGGAGUUCACAGAGCUUGUUUUGCCCGGACUCAGGCCACGGACCAAUCACGUGCGACGUGGGAGGAGCCCACUGCUGCUUCAACAACAACUUGUUUUUGUUCUUCACGGUUGUGCACAGACACACACACACACACACACACUCUCACUGUUUGUCUGUGUGUGU